GCAGCACUGGCCAGCUUGGUAAUAUGAAGGCGAAACAGCAGCCAAAGAGAGUGAGCCUUUGGCGCAAUCUAGCGGUUGAAUGUUAGAAUUGCGCAGUUACUGCCUGAGCUUCUGCUUUGCCGUGCUCUGUUUCACAGGCUGCUUUCUCCUGCUUGUCUGCCCAGCCAUAGAAGUGCUUACCCCACCAUUAUUUCUCGGUAGACAUGGCUUCAAUUAAAGAAAGAGCCGCAGCGUUAAACCUCGCCGAAAAGUUGUGUGUGCGUCCUCAAGCUCAUGGAGUGGCCAGUAAACCAGUCCAGUCCUCUUCCACGUGGAGUGGACUCAUCUCCCACCUCAGGUCUUUCGUGACGGUGAAACGUCGACGAGUCCACCUCAAGUCCCACAGCGACUGUUUCCUCGGCUCGGAGGCUGUUGAUGUGGUGGCCGAGCACAUCAGCUGUGCCAAAGUCUUCGUGUGGGCCAAUGUGUCUCGGGACAAAGUGGCGUGCGUGUGCCAGGCCCUGCUGGACUGCAAUGUGUUUGAGGCAGUGGGCACCAGAGUGUUCGGCAAAGUCAGGAAGCAGGAUGUGUUUCAGGACAGCAAGAGUGCUCUUUACAGGUUUGUAGGCCUGUGCUCUCCCUCGCUGGAUGAGUUGGAAAGAGGUGUGCUUGUGAAGGGGAUCCAGAAAUUGUUCUGCAGUGCCCCUUCAGACAGGCAGGAAGAGCAGACGUGUCCCACUGGCUCACAUGUCCAGAUGUCCACCCCUGUUGAUAUUACUGAGACACCCACAAAAGCCAACCAGCUGGAAGCUCCUGCCACUGCCAGUCUGUCACUACAGCAGAGUCCCAGCAGAGUGCAGACGGAUACUGUUUUACCUCAAUCAUUGGUGGACGAGGUGUGGCAGGAGCAGACUCUGCUCAGGCUGUUAAACCUGGUGGAGCUCCCCCUGCUGGAAGGGUUGCUUCAGUGCAACCAGGCUCCAUCACCUCUUCAUCCAUCAAACCUGCUGGCUCACAGUAACCCAGACCUGAUCUACAGCAGCAACCACCUGGACCGGCAGAUCCUCAAGGCCUUCAGGGAAUCUCAGGAGGACGAGUGGCUCGGUGCAGCUCUGGACUGUCUGGACUUCCUCCCCGAUCAGCCGGUGGUGGAGCUGAGCAGGGAGCUGCCUCACUGUUUCCCGCAAGAUCAGGACGGCUGUGAACAAGCACCAGCCGGUAGCAGUUCACAAGACAUAGUGCAGCCCCUGAGGUCCGUGCCCACCCCAGUCCACCACAGCGACGAGUGGCCCCGUCUCUCCCAGAGCGGUCUGGCCCAGUGUAAGCUGCUGCUGUACGGGACCCUGGUGAAACACUACAGCCACACAGAUAGACCUCCACUGCUGCCCCAGCACAUGACCGACAUCUACACGGCCAUCAUCGACCUGCUGGUGAACGCUAAACUGUCCGCGGCUCUCGAAGCGCUGCAGUUGUGCCUGAAGCUGCUGCCUCCUGGCUGCAGAGAUGAGCUGCGCACGCUGCUCACGUUCAUGGCUUUGGCAGCUGACCCGCAGGGAAUUAAACUGGACAAGGAGAUGGAGAACAGACAGGCAGUGAAGAGGUCUUUCUCGAAGGCAGUCCUCCACAGCAGGGAUCUUUCAAAGGAGAAGGAGGACCUGAUGGUGGUCUUCAUGCUCAGCAACAUAAAGGACAUAUUUAUGAUACCGGGGACCCUGCACAAAAGAGUGAGCGACAAGCUGGCCAGCCUCGCACUGGGGAAGCAGCCCGAUGUGACUGGCUUCACUUUCUGUCAGCCGGUCCCCUGCGGGACUUACACUGACUCUACAAAGAAGACCACCAACCAGGAGCUGUGGGCUCUGCUAUGCAGCAUCCACCAGGACACCAAGAUCUCUGCCAAGGAGAGAAAGCGCCUACUGGGACAGUUUUACCAAGCCCACCCAGAGAUAUUCAACCAGUACUUUGGUGAAUCUGCUGUUAGUGUCUUGUAGUUUUGUGUAGACACAGGCACAUAGACUCUCUGUCUCUGUCUGUCUUCUACUGUAAGAUUCACCAAUAACUAGUGCUUGAUGAAGACUUUAAAGCCAUAUUUGCGACUGUUACAAGACCUCCAGCAUGUGAUUGCACUUGCAUGGGUAUAUUUGCUUUAUUAU